AUGGGUCUCGAGAACAUUAAGCACGUCGUGCUCAUCCUGUCUGGCAAGGGCGGUGUCGGAAAAUCCAGUGUUACUCUCCAACUCGCCCUGUCCCUCACGCAGCAAGGUCAAAAUGUCGGAAUCCUUGAUAUUGAUCUUACCGGCCCCAGCAUCCCUCGCCUUCUCAAUCUAGAAGACAAGAAAGUGACCCAGGCCCCGGGCGGUUGGCUGCCGGUCGAGGUACACGAUGCAAGAGAAGCUACAGACAAUGACACCCACAAAAGAGGCUCUCUGCAGGCCCUGUCCUUAGCAUUCCUCCUUCCUUCCCGCUCUUCUGCUGUCAUCUGGCGUGGACCAAAGAAGACCGCAAUGAUAAGACAGUUCGUGUCAGAUGUCCUAUGGCCACCAAACACAGACUACCUUCUCAUUGAUACUCCGCCUGGCACAAGUGACGAGCACAUUGCUAUCGUGGAGGAACUCCAUAAACUUGCUGCCGAUGUCCGGCCCGUGACGACUUCCAAUGGCAAUGGCUUGGCACUCGAGAUUGAUGGCAGGCCAAAACUCUCCGGGGCAGUAGUUGUCACGACUCCACAGGCCAUCGCGACAGCUGAUGUGCGCAAAGAGUUGAAUUUCUGCGUCAAAACUCAAAUACCAGUGCUUGGAGUCAUCGAAAACAUGGCAGGAUACAUGUGCCCUUGCUGUGGCGAGAUAAGCAAUGUUUUUAGCAAAGGCGGAGGUCAGAUCAUGGCGAGCGAGGCCAAUGUUCCCUUUCUCGGCUCAGUCCCUAUCGAUACUGGCUUUGGGGCCUUGGUCGAGGGCGUAAACGAUCUGCCAAAUGCUACGAACGGCAACCCAGCAACAAAGGGGCAUGGCCCUGAGAGGUCCGCAGAAUUGGUCGAGAGAUACAGAAGAUGCGGAUUGUGUCCCAUUUUUGCAGAUUUCGCCACAAGGAUAGAUCAGAGAAUACGCAACCCGCCAGCCUCGUAA